AUGGCUAGCGCACCGGAAGACCGAACCUUCCACAGCCGCUUUCGUUCCGCAGACCCCCUUGCUGAGAGUGUGAUUGCGCGCGAUUUGGAGCAGUAUGCUGACGAUGGGGAUUCGGCUUCCACCGUCGAAGAGGAAUAUUCCGAAGAUUCGACCGUCCGGCCUAUACGUAGCCAUCCACGAACAGCAUCUCAUUCUUUAGCAGGUUCUUACCAGCGUCCGAGCUUCUUCACCACAGUGUCUCAUGCGACCGUGGUGCCGCAUAACCCGGAAAAUGAAGGAGUGUCGUGGAGGGAUCGGGAGCAGGCAAUCGAGGACGAGCGAGAGCUCCUGACUGAUAACCACUUCCUUGACCCGGCCAGUGCUGGUAAGCGUCAGCGAAGUGCCUCGCGUGGUCCUGCCGAGGAAACCACAUCUUUGCUGGGUGGAGGAGGGAGUGGUGGCCCCGGGUACAACGCUGUGGAUGCUGAGGAUAUCGAUCGCAAAUGGGAGGAAGCUGUUACUGCAGGCCUGAUCCAUACGACGUGGAAACGCGAAGCAAACGUUAUUGGGAAAAAUGCUGCCCCGUUGGUGGUCACCUUCCUACUUCAGUAUUCCUUGACCGUAGCAAGCAUUUUUACCUUGGGCCACUUGGGCAAGAAGGAGCUUGGUGCUGUUAGCCUUGCAAGUAUGAGUGCUAGCAUUACGGGUUAUGCAGUUUACCAAGGGUUGGCGACGAGUUUAGAUACUCUCUGUGCCCAAGCCUUUGGGUCUGGGAAGAAAAAGCUGGUUGGAUUACAAAUGCAGAGGAUGGUUUGCUUCUUAUGGGUCAUCACUAUUCCAAUUGCACUACUCUGGUUUUUCGCCGAUAAGAUCCUCAAUCGCAUAGUACCCGAGAAAGACGUAGCUGACCUGGCUGGUCUGUACCUGAAAGUGGUUGCCCUGGGGGCCCCAGGAUAUGCUGCGUUUGAAAGUGGGAAACGAUAUGUGCAGGCUCAGGGUAUCUUUUCUGCAUCCUUAUAUGUCUUGCUGAUAUGUGCCCCACUCAAUGCAUUCUUGAACUGGCUGUUUGUCUGGAAAUUCAAAUGGGGCUUCGUUGGCGCUCCUAUUGCUGUCUCAAUUACUGACACCCUCAUGCCUGUGCUCUUGUGCCUCUACGUGUUUUUCAUCGACGGCUCUGAAUGCUGGAAUGGGCUGAGCAGACGCGCUAUGAGUAACUGGGGACCAAUGAUCCGACUCGCACUUCCAGGCCUUCUCAUGGUAGAGGCGGAGUGUCUCGCAUUCGAAGUUUUGACCCUGGGGUCCUCGUACCUUGGAACUACUCCUCUGGCCGCCCAGUCAGUGCUGGCUACAGUAUCAUCCAUUACCUUCCAAAUCCCCUUCACUCUAUCUAUUUCCGCGAGCACACGUAUCGCCAAUCUGAUUGGUGCCACACUUGUUGAUGCCGCCAAAACAACUGCCAAGGUUGCAAUGUGGGGAGCUGUCCUCGUCGGCCUCCUCAACAUGAUCCUAGUUUCCGCGUUCCGCUACUACAUCCCGCGCCUCUUCACCUCCGAGGACGAAGUCAUUGAGCUUGUAGCCAGGGUUCUACCCCUCUGCGCUGCCUUUCAACUAUUCGACGCUCUAGCCGCCACCUGCAAUGGUGUUCUUCGUGGGCUCGGACGGCAGGAAAUCGGAGGAUACGUGCAGCUCUUCUGCUACUAUGCAAUUGCCAUGCCCAUAAGUUUCGGAACAGCGUUCGGGCUGCGAUGGGAGCUUUUUGGCCUUUGGUCAGGCGUUGCUAUUGCUCUUGGUCUUGUGUCUCUCAUCGAGGGAGUGUUCCUCACACAUACGGAUUGGAACCGAUCUGUUGAGGAUGCUGUUCGGAGAAACGCGGCGGCGUGA